AUGGCUGCCGUAUACAAGUCUAUCUCCAAGACCAGCGCUCCCAAGGCUGAAGCCCCCAGCAAUGGCAUCAAGAAGAACAAGCAGCGGGUUUUGAUCCUUUCCUCCAGAGGUGUCACUUACCGACACCGACAUCUUCUUAAUGAUAUUGCGUCGAUGCUCCCUCACAGCCGAAAGGACGCAAAGUUCGACUCCAAGACCAAGCUUUACGAACUGAACGAGCUUGCCGAGCUUUACAACUGCAACAACGUCUUGUUUUUCGAGGCAAGGAAGGGAAAGGAUCUCUACGUCUGGCUUAGCAAGGUUCCCAAUGGUCCUACCAUCAAGUUUCACCUCCAGAACUUGCACACAAUGGAGGAACUUCACUUCACCGGCAACUGCCUCAAGGGCUCGCGACCCGUACUCUCCUUCGACGGCGCUUUUGAUAACCAGCCCCAUUUGCGACUGAUCAAGGAGCUCUUCCUUCACACCUUUGGAGUCCCCCAGGGUGCCAGAAAAUCCAAGCCCUUUAUCGAUCACGUUAUGGGAUUCAGCUUCGUCGAUGGUAAGAUCUGGGUUCGCAACUACCAGGUCAACGAGGUCGAGGCGGCAGCGAAGGAGGGAGAGGAAGAAGACGAAGAGUCCAAGUCCAAGUCUCGAUCCGGAAAGCCAGACACCGAUAUCAACCUUGUCGAGAUUGGUCCCCGAUUCGUCCUCACACCCAUUGUGAUCCAAGAGGGCUCUUUCGGCGGUCCCAUCAUUUACGAGAACAAGGAGUUCGUGUCACCUAACCAGGUUCGCGCUGACCUCCGAAGGACGAAGGCUUCACGACACAACGCCCGCACCGAGCAACAGGUCGAGAGACGGGUCAGGAAGGGCGAUCUGGGAUUGCGAUCUGCUGGUGGCCAGCGUCCUGCUAAGAGCGAGCUGGACACCAAGAUGCUGUUUGCCUAG